AAGAGGAAGUAAACGUCACAUAAACAAUUGUAAAUAAUACGACGUGAAAUUUACACGCUGUAACCGUAAAAGCGCGGGAAAAGGAGAGAAAGAAGAAAAGAAAAAGAGAAACAUGGUACGAACAAAAGCCGACGCUGGUGGAUCAAGGAAAGCUCUUGGAGGAACUUCAACUAGGAAAGCAUUUGGUGGAGCAGGUCCCAGUAGUGCUGGAGCAUCACCCUCAGGUAAAGCUGCAGGUAAAUAUGCUGGUGGCAACGCAUACUGUCCUCGGCCCACACCAGAAUGGCAAAAAGGCAUCGGUGGAUUUUUCGCACAACCUGAUACAUCUAAUAAAGAAAACACAAAACCAGUAGAAAUAGAAUCAAGUAAAGCAGGGUCAAGUAAAGACAUUGAUUCUGGCAGCAGUAAAGAUGUUGAACCGGGCACCAGUAAAGAUGUGGAAGCAGGAGCCAGCAAUGAUGAUAGCUAAUACUGAAAGAUUUGGAUACAAGAAAGUAUUCGAAAUAUAUUUCCAGACAGUGUAUAUAGGAAAUCAUGAUUUAAUACUGAUAGAUUUGGAUACAGAAAGUGUUAAGAAUAUAUUUUCAGACAAUGUUUAUAGGAAAUCAUGAGUUGAUGAAGUGAUGUACUCUAUAGUACAUGUAUAGCUACUUAAUGAAAUCAGUUUAUCAUUCAAAUCUUUGUUGGGGAACAAUAUGGCUUCAAGUUUAGCGGAGAACUAUAAAUACAUUGUUUUAAUUCAAGGUUCAGCGAGGUAAAAAAGAUUCCUCGUAGUCAAACCAAUGUGAUUUUUGUUACUACAUAUAAUUUUAUCAAGAAGCGUAAUUUUGUGUGUGUAUAUAUACUAAACAAAAAAAGAAACUUUCGCAAAGUAUGUGCCAGUUGUUCAAGGGUACCACUUAGAUGUUCACACAUAUAUACAUGUAGUAGCUUGUAAAACUCGUUUUGUUUGCAAAAUCGGUCAGCUAAUCCCCGUAUAAAAGCCCGAUAUGUUUAUUCAACGUGAAAAUCGAGUUUCAAAAGGAUUGAAAAACUGUACUAACAUAUCUACAUUCAAACUUGGAGAAAGUUUCAUUUUUGUUUCAGUAUAUGUGUGUGUGGUAAAGAAAUAGGUAAUCCUGCAGCCAAUUCAUAAUUUUUUGUAGCUAUUAAUGUUUAAGCCUAUGUUAAUGGCUAUUAAAUGACUGAGUCAUGCAGUCUUCGAAAUUAACGCCAGUCCGAGGCCCGAGGCCACUAAAUUUAACAUCGGUCUGGUGAUUAUUGCAAGGUUGGUGGUCCGACGGACCAGUAGAUUUUUUUGUCAUGAAAAAAUAUUAUAAGAAAAUUUCAUCAAAAUAAUGAAGCAGGGUUCCCUAAGAGAUUGAUCUUUUUGCCUUUUUUCAAAUGAAACCCAUCAAUUCUGUCAUAAUUGUUCAAAACACAGCGAGAGAUGUCUAAAUUGUAUUGAGUAAUGGAGGCCGCCAUUUUUUUUUCUUGGAUAUUUUCCGUACCGCACCGUACAGUUACGGAAAUUAAACCAUCGUUUAUUAUGGUCAUUAUUUAGCUAUGAUUUUGUGGUUAUUGAGUUAAGUAAAUAUUUUGUGUGAAAAUGAUUUGUUUAAAGCAAAUUGCGUUGUUCAUGUUCUAUUCUAAUCAAUUUUGCCUAAACAUUUGGUUCUUAAAGAUUUUUCAAAGCUGUCAACAUAUGGCCCAGAAUACAAGACAUAUUAUGCUUCUUUCAAAAUUAUCAAGGGAAGCAUGAUAAAGUGUUUUCCUGUUUCCAUCAAUUUUUUACCUAUCUAUGUAUUUGGUCCGGCUAAAAAUCACCAGGUCCAGUAAGAUUUGAUAUUUUACUGGCCCGAAUGUCCUGUGCUUUUUAAAGUUUUUAGUGAAGACUGGUCAUGAAUUAUAACAGUUACUAAUUACUGAGAAGCUGCUAGAGAAAUGAGCCGCGUAACGACAAAACUAACAUAAUUCGUUUGCGAUCAGCAUGGAUCCAGACCAUUGAUCCAUGCUGUUCACUUACAAACCCUAUAACAAGUAGAGAAGCUGAUAGCGAACAGCAUGAAUCCUGAUCAGACUGCGCGGAUGCGCAGGCUGGUCUGGAUCCAUGCUGUUCGCAAACGCAGUACGUUGUUUUUGUCGUGACGCAGCUCAAAUAAUGAAUUUAAGCAGUAUUAUUACUUGCACUAGCAGUAUAUAUACUGUAACUCUUGAUGAAAGAUUGUAAGAGCAAGAUAGGAUUUUUUUGUGCUGAUUGAGUGUAAUAUCAGAAACUUUCUGUGACUCGUAUAGCCAUUGUAUUGAAAUACAGUAAACUCCACUUAUAACAAUAUCACUUAUAUAUGUGCUGUUUGCCAUAGUCUUAACUCUUUAGUAUUCGAAUUGGUUGCCACUCGGAUAUAACAACAUCCAGAUAUAACUACAAUGAAUAUAAAUUUGGUGGACUCCUGAAUAUCAUUAAUAUCAGAGUUUACUGUAUGUGAGUUUAAUGAGGUGGUUGUUUAUAUUCAGUUGAAGUUUAAUAGGUAAUGACUAAUGUAUCUGUGUGCCUGUAAGUGAUAUUUUGUUAUGGCCUGUCAUAAUGAUCCAAAGGUCUCACUGUAUGCCAUAGUCCUGACUCUCUUGUACUCAAAUUGGUCGCCUUUUGAAUAUAACGAUAUCCAUAUUUAACUGUAUAAAUUUGGUGGUCCCCUGAAUAUUGUUAAUAGUGGAGUGUAUCACAGUAUGCAAUUUUAAUGAGCUGAUUGUAUAAUGUAUGUUGAAGUUUUAAACGAUCAUGACUAAUGUAUCUGUGUGCCUGUAAGGGAUAAAUGUUGUUGUGACCUGUCAUAAUUAAACAUAAUAAUCCAUAGGUCACACUAAUGUUAAUAAGUAUAACAUAGUUACACGUGUUUUAUGAUUGUGAUAUGAUUAUACUAGGAGCAAGUGUAGUUUACUACUUGUAUAUUAUCAUGUGUCCAAUUUUAUGAAAUAACAUGAUCAUUUCCUUAUUAUAUCCCUUCAAUGUUACUCGUGUAAAUAUGGGAUAGAAUCUAGUUUAGUGGACCCUGAAAAUAACACAAGUGUGCAUAUGUUUCUGUAAUUAUCUGUAAUGUUGUAUUUUCUGUUAAUAGAAGUUACUUUGAAUUAUACUGUUGGUUUAGACAUGAGUUAAUAUGAAAAAAGCAGGAAUGCAUUAAGAUGUGAUCCAGUAUAUGUUAUCACAUGCCAUACUGAAAUUUGACAAAUAGUUACAUGGGCAGUUGUUAAGUAAUUGGCAAGUUUCUUUAAAGAGUUUAUUGUGACAGGUGAUGUCAUUGGUCCAUUGUGUAUAGUACAUUUUGUAUGUCAUUAAUUUCUAGUAUUAUUACAGUUAGAUAACAAUUUCAGGUUUUGAGUAAUUGGUAAUGAGUUUCCUUUUGUGGCUUACAUGUAAAUACUGGUAAAUCUAGGAGACUGACUGGAGUAAAUUAUAGAACUUAUUUCCUAACCAAGUUUGUAUUUGUAUCCUGUUUAAAGAUAUACAAAUGUAUUUUUGCUCAAAUUGGAUAUUUG